AUGGGUCAAUGGGAGCUACCGUACGGUACCUAUGUAGAGCUGGGAACAGGUGCUCUAUCAGGAGUUUGCCCUCUCCGCCCCACUUCACUCACCUUUCUUACUUCGCCUUCCACCCAAGAGCACACACCGCGCCUGCGAUCAAUUGGACCUCCCCAUGGCGAACAAGAAGAAGCAGAAGACGGAUACCAGCAGGGCGACCCACGAACAGGAAGGCAGCCCGCUGUUUCAGAAGCUUCCACAAGAGCUUCGGGACCUCGUUUAUUCUCAGGUCUUCCGUGGAACCAGGCUGUCGUACGGGCUGAGGCUACUUACGUACACGCAUCGAAUACGGGAUUCACGCAUCAACCUGCACCGAACGCGCGCUCACUGCUGCGCACAUGUCGUCGAAUCAGGGCCGAGAUUGGGGACACAUGGCUUGGCCAAGUCCUGUUCAGUUUCGAGGACUACCAAACCAUGCUCAACAAAUUGACCGCGCUUCCAAUUGAUAGCCUGGCCAAAAUAAGACACCUUCGGACUAAUGGAGAUAUAAGAUGGAUGCUCAGGUCGCCCGAUGGCGUGCUGGAGGGCCGAGGCGGCGCUGUCGGUUAUGGUACUUUGAGCGGCCUGAUUGCGGAGGGCGAUGGAUGGAAAGAGCUGCGCUACCUGUGCCACGACUCGACGAUGCUCGGGUUUGCAAUCCCCUCUAGGUACAUUGGAACGCAUUUGGAGACUUCGCACUCGCGUGAACCGCAGCCGAACGAACGAGCCGGUCACGGCUUGGGGAUGAAGGAGAAGACCCGAGUGGCCUACGAGCAAAAACUCAUCAGCCAUGGAAGCCAAGCCGAAGAGGCUCCGUAUGGCACGAAAGAAGACAAGCUGCUGUCGGUGGCCGGCGAGCGAGAAAAGGAGCUUCUAGUUAUUGUGAGGAGAGGGCGAGGGGUGGAUUACCAAGUGAAAAAGCCGGACAAGAGUUGGAAGGAGAGUCGCCCCGACCCGCCAAGUGACGACGGGGAUGAAAAUACACUCGGUGACGGUGGGGAAGAAAUCGACUCGUACGACAAUGUCGAUGACUAUAUUUGGAACGCCCUUCCGUAG